GCUUCUUCGAAUUUUAACUUGGACACUGUAUUUCUUACGGUGAGAGCGUGACCAUUUUAUGUAGAUCCACAGGGAAGGAGGUAGAUCCUUGGGUCUCCGCACCCUAGACAGCCGCUUCAAAUCUGGGGGAGGGGCAGGAAGGAAUGAUAUACAUACUACCUAGAAGGUACACUAGGUACUGAUGCUCAAUGUGGGGUAGUUACCGUCUGCUAUGUACAAUACCUACAGCUAUGUACAGGCCUGACUUAGCCCCUCCCUAAGCUCCAUACAUAGGUCCUACGUAACUCUCCGGCGUGGGCAGGUAUUGAAAACUGAGGCCCCUCAAUCACUCCAUCCAUCAGCCCAUAGGUUCAAUUCCUCGCUCCAUUCGUCUGGCCAUUCUCAUUCAACUUUCUUCUCUAUUCCCUCAAAGGAAUCGUAGAACGACUUUGUCAACAAAACAAUUGACCUCAUUUCCUCUUAUCGUGAUUCAUUAUCAAUCAAUUGUGCGCUCCUCAAGUUUUGUCUUUUCUCCUUCUUAGCCAUAGGCCUCUGAAUUCCAACACACAUCUUUCCCUCUCUCUAUCUUUAUCUCUUCCCCUCUCAAAAACGUUACCUAUUACUUUCAAUCAUGGCACACAAGACCUCUGCCGUGGCCGAUGAGCCUAUUCAAGUACUCUUCGCCCUUCAAGACAAGUUUGACUUGUUGGACUUUGUUGGCACCCUCGAGGUCCUCGACUGGGCUCGCCACGAUAAAAACGACGAAAAUACCAAAGCCUUCGAUUGCACAAUUGUUGCCGCCGAGCCUAAGGUUUUGUCACAACAGGGUGUUAUCAUUGGCGCCCAGAUCAACUUCAAGGAGGCCCAUGAACGCCUUGAUGAUUUCGAUCUUCUCAUCGUGGUGGGCAGCGUCGAUAGCAGUGCCAUCCUGAAAGAGCACUCUGAACCUAUACCCAUCAUCGAGGCUUUCGCAGAACUUCAGAGGAAAGAUUACACUCGAGAGCGCACACUGAUGUCUGUCUGCACCGGGUCCCUCUUCCUAGCUGAGGCAGGCAUCUUGGCAGGCUUGUCUGCCACUACUCAUACAGACUACUUGACUAAGUUCGAAAUCGUCUGCAGCAAUGCGGCACAGCGUGACCUGCAAGAGCGAACCGACGUCGUAGAAGACGCCCGAUAUGUCGUGAACAACCUUCGCUUUGACCUCGGAGACGAGGAUGAGAACCCUUAUAUCCGUCGCAAGUCGGACGCAGGAAGACGUCCAUCUGUAGCUCGAAAGGGAAGCGUGUCAUACAAGGGCUCGAAUGGACGCCGUGAGUCCAUUGCGCGCAGAGCCGCGAUGCGUCUUGGGGGGCUUCGGGUCAUUACGGCGGGGGGAAUAUCUGCUGGCAUAGAUGCAGCUCUGUAUCUAGUCAGCAUUCUGGUCGAUGAAGAUACCGCGAACGAAGUUGCCCGAUUCAUGCAGCAUGAGUGGGUUAAGGGUGUCGUUGUUGACGGUAUUGAUGUUUAGGCACCUAAGACAUAAGAGCCUGGGAUGGAGGGGCCAAUGCAUAUGCGAAUGUGUCAAAAUCUUGCUGGGCACGUAACGAAAGAAGUAAAAUUAAUUUCAAAGAAAAAAAAGAAGCCUUAAAUUCCCAUUGUCGUCAUUCCGGAUUCAAUUGAAUCCUUUUUUUUUUUUUUUUUCUUCCCUAAGUGCCCAUCUCCGUGAUCUUAAAGUUUAAC